AUUGGUUCCGCGCCUGUCCGCAGCCCUCCCUUUUUUUUCUCAGCCGCGUAAUGGCUGCUCCCAAGACACAGGGGGCUGCUACCCAAGGAGAGGAGGACGGUGAUGGCAACCGUGGCGGAACUGGGGGUGUCAGUUAUGAGGUAAGGAUUGUAUCCUAGAGCCGCUUUCCCUGCCAGAAAGUCCAGGUGGCACCACCAGUUUAGAAGGUUCUCCAUCUGUGCCUUGCAUUUUCUGUGAAGAACAUUUUCUUAUAGAUGAACAAGACAAACUUCUGAAGCACAUGAUCAUUGAACAUAAGACUGUCAUAGCUGAUGUUAAGUUGGUUGCUGAUUUCCAAAGGUACAUUUCAUAUUGGAGGAAAAGGUUCACUGAACAGCCCAUUACAGAUUUUUGUAGUGUGAUAAGAAUCAAUUCCACAGCUCCAUUUGAAGAACAAGACAAUUAUUUUUUGCUGUGUGAUGUUUUACCAGAAGAUAGAAUACUUAGAGAAGAACUUCAGAAGCAGAGACUGAAAGAAAUUCUGGAACAACAGCAACAAGAACGAAAUGAUAACAAUUUUCAAGGCAGUUGUAUGUUUUGCAAUGAGGAAUUCCUCGGAAACAGAUCUGUUCUUUUGAACCACAUGGCAAGAGAACACACUUUCAACAUUGGGUUACCAGACAACAUUGUAAACUGCAAUGAAUUUCUGUGUACAUUACAGAAAAAGCUUGACAACUUGCAGUGCUUGUACUGUGAGAAGACCUUCAGGGACAAAAAUACACUUAAAGAUCACAUGAGGAAAAAACAGCAUCGUAGGAUCAAUCCUAAGAACAGAGAAUAUGACCGAUUUUAUGUCAUCAAUUAUUUGGAACUUGGAAAAUCCUGGGAAGAAGUUCAACUAGAAGAUGAUCGGGAGUUGCUAGAUCAUCAGGAAGAUGACUGGUCUGAUUGGGAAGGACACCCUCUCUCUGCUGUCUGCCUGUUUUGUGAAAAGCAAGCAGAAACAAUUGAGAAAUUAUGUGUCCACAUGGAGGAUGCACAUGAAUUUGAUCUCCUCAAAAUAAAGUCAGAACUUGGACUGAAUUUCUAUCAGCAAGUGAAACUAGUCAAUUUCAUUCGGAGGCAGAUUCACCAAUGUAGAUGUUACGGCUGCCAUGAGAAAUUCAAGUCCAAAGCAGACUUAAGGACUCACAUGGAAGAAGCUAAACAUACUUCACUGCUUCCUGAAAGACAGACAUGGGAUCAACCACAGUAUUAUUUUCCAACCUAUGAAAAUGACACUCUGCUGUGUACCCUGUCUGACAGUGAAAGUGACCUGACAGCUCAGGAACAAAAUGGAAAUAUCGCCAUCAUUAGUGAAGAUACAUCUAAACUGCAUGCUUUGAAACAAAGCAGUAUUUUGAACCAGUUGCGACUACAUGAGUCCUUGAAAAACUAGAAGAAACUGCCACAGAAGCAAUGUUUCAUGUUUUCUCCUGUGAGACAGACGCAAAAUACUUUAAAUUUGAACAUCAGCAAAGGAUUAGUCUUUGGUAAAAUAAACUUUUUUUUUUUUUUUUUUUUUUUAAUUGGCUGUCUUGGGUCUUCGUUGCGGUGUGCGGGCUUCUCAUUGCGGUGGCUUCUCUUGUUGCGGAGCAUGGGCUCUAGGCUCGCAGGCAUCAGUAGUUGUGGCUCGUGGGCUCUAGAGCGCGGGCUCAGUGGUUGUGGCACACGGUCCUAGUUGCUCUGCAGCAUGUGGGAUCUUCCCGGACCAGGGAUUGAACCCGUGUCUCCUGCUUUGGCAGGCGGAUUCUUAGCCACUGCACCACCAAGGAAGUCCAAAAUAAACUUUUAAAAAAUGAAUUUUUUUCCCAAAAAUAAAGUAGAAACUAAAUAAAAUGAAGACUUUUUGUAUAUGGGCUCUAAAGUUUUAUUAUGUAAUCAUUGUAAAUGAUCUCAUUUCAUUAGACUCAUAUUUAUCUAUAAUAAGGAAGACGUGCAAAUCACAAAGAAGUGAAAUGUUCAAAUUAUUUAUAAACCUAAUUUCAACCGGUAGUUUCAGUCACUUCCCCACAGGCUUUCAUCAUCCAGCAAGUCACAAAAUUUGACAGACGUGUGCUUUCUGUACUACAUUGGGUCAACUGUGAAUGUAGUGACCAAAAGAGGAGCCACAGAAGAGAGGAACAGUGGUCAAAGUCCUGGAUGAUGCACAAAUUGGACACUAUUUUGGAAAAAUCAAGAUCUGACUAUAUUAUUAUUAUUGCUUUCCACCUGGAGUUACUAAACUCUCUAGAAAUGGACAUCAAGACAAAUAACUUCACUUUCCCCUACAGUGUAUAUACGGCUAACAGAUGAGUACCAUUUUCUAAAAAACAACCACAAUACCAUCAUGACAUCUAACAAAAUUAACAAUAACUUCUUAAUAUCAUAUGUUUUCAGUUUUCCUUAGUUGUCUCAAAAAUGUCUUUUUACAACCUUACCAGUUACAGGACAAAUAUUGUAUGCCUCCUGAUAAGAUGCAAUGAGGAAGACAAAACAUCACUUUUCAGGGUUCUUCCCCAAAAUGUAUAAUGUGAAUAUACUGAAGAAACAUCAACUAAACCCAAGUGAGGGACAGUCUACAAAUAAUUGGCCUUUACUCUUCAAAAAAUCAAGGUCAUGAAAAACAAAGACUGAAGUAACUGUUCCAAAUUAAAGAAGACUAGAGAGGUAUCACAUUGUGUAAUCCUGGAUUGGAUCCUGGACCAAGAAAAUAUGGUUUUCUUCUGCUGUAAAAGAUAUUAGUGGGACAAUUAGCAAAAUUUGAGUAAGGUCUGUAGUAAACGUUAGGGUAUUCAUAUUAAUUUCCAGAUUUCAGUAAUUGUAGUAUGUGUAAGAAUGUUCUUGUCUUUAGAAAAUACACACUGAAGUUGUUAAGGGUAAAGGAGCACUUUGUUGGCAAUAAAAAACUAAUAUGGGGAAUUCCCUGGCAGUCCAGUGGUUAGGAUUCCGGGCUUCCACUGCAAGGGCCCUGGCUUUUUUUUUUUUUUGCUGCAUUGGGUCUUUGUUGCUGUGCAUGGGCUUUCUCUAGUUGUGGCGAGCGGAGGGCUACUCUUCGUUGUGGUGUGGGGGCUUCACAUUGUGGUGUCUACUCUUGUUGCAGAGCACAGGCUCUAGGCACGCAGCCUUCAGUAGUUGUGGCACGUGGGCUCAGUAGUUGUGGCUCACGGGCUCUAGAGCGCAGGCUCAGUAGUUGUGGCGUAUGGGCUGAGUUGCUCCGCGGCAUGGGAGAUCUUCCCGGAGCAGGGCUCAAACCCGUGUCCCCUGCAUUGGCAGGCAGAUUCUUAACCACUGUGCCACGAGGGAAACCCAGGGGCCCGGCUUUGAUCCCUGGUCGGGGAACUAAGAUCCUGCAUGCCAUGCAGCGCAGCCCAAAGAAAAAAAAGAAAACACACACACACGCCUAAUACGGUUAUGUAUAUAUAGAGAGAAUGAUAAAGUAGAUGCAAUAAGAUGUUAACAUUUGGGGAAGUCUAAGUGAAGGGUAUGUGGGAAUUCUUUGUACUAUGGCAACUUUUCUAUAAGUAAAAAUAGAUUAAAAAAAACUUUUCAAGAUGUCUUUUUACUUGGUUUGCUUAAAUCAGGAUUCUAGUGAGAUACGUACUUUGCAUUUGGUUGGUGUGGUCCUUAAGGGUCUUAUGUAUAACAGUUUAUGCUCCCUUUCAUUUUAACUGCCACUUACUUGUUAAAGAAAUUAGGUCAUCUUUCUCACUUUCUGAAUUUGGAUAGCGUAUCCUCUUUGUGUCAUUUAACAUGUUCCUCUAUCACCAAUUUUUCCUGCAAACUGGUAGAUCUAGAAGUUCCAUUAAAAAUUUGUGUUCAAAAAAAUUUUUACAAAAAUAAUUCAUAAGAGAUAUUGUGUGCUCUCUCUCACAUCACAUCAGGCACAUGAUAUCUGAUGUGCCGCUUUUAGAGAUGUCACAGUUGAUCAGUGCGCUCAGGUGCUGUCAGUCUGGUGCAUCCUUAUAAAGUUCCCCAUCAAACCAUUUUAGUGCCCACUGGUUUAUGUUAUCUAGAAUUUUUUUUAGGGCUUGCAAAAUGGUGAUCUUCUAAUUCUAUCAUUUCUUUACAAAUGGGUACUUCACACAGCAUGUGUGCUAGAGAGCACUGGAGUCUGAAGUUCUACUUUUCAACUGUUAAUGCAAGUCUAUAUAGGCAGUGCACCAAGACUAAUCUUGAAGUCAUGUGGUACGGCCUGUCCAGAAUCUCAAGAGUAAUCUCCCACCAUGUGAUCCAAAAUUGACUGGAUUUGUAAAUUAUAUGAGCUGUGGCCAACGCUUUAGAAUCCAAGCCUCGAGCUGUGCAGACACCUGUACAACGGUUUUCAUUGAAAACCAGCAAACAAUAAAUGGGAGGCUUUAUUUAAUGAAAAAGCUACCGAAGUUAAAGACACAAUUAAGUUGUUUUAAAACCAAAGAUCAAGAAGGCAGUUACUCCUGUGCCUAGAAACUUGUGUCUCUAGGAAUCAGAUUUGUUCAGAAAAUCAAGGAAUGUCUGGGGUGUUUCUAGAAUGUGCUUCAGUCUUAGAACAGGAGCAAUGACAGGAUGAGAACAAAGUAAGUGAAGAGUAAUUAAGCUUGCGAAGGAGAAAGCGUUUUUGGAGAUGAGAUUUUAGAGAACAGAUCCAACAGAUAUUAAAGGAAAAAUGAAAUUGAAAGACAAGAUAAAAGGGACGGGAUACUGUACUUGGAGUUUCAUUCAUUUAAGAGGUUUUUUCUUAGGUUGGUAGAUAUUUGGGGGAGAUCAUCUGGAACAUAAGGACAGAAAUAAUAACUUAGUUCCAAAGAAAUUGAACAAGAAUAUAAGCAAAGUCUCAGCAAACUGUACUGACUGUCCCAGAGGGAGCACGGAUACAGGCCACUACUGGCAAAGUGCUCUCUUAGAGCCACGCAGAGACUCUUUGGGAAGAACCACUGGGGAACUGCGCCUUAAAGACUGGCACAGUGGUGUCAAGUGUACCUGAAAGUCUGGGCCAUUUGAGAGGGGAAUAGCAGUCAAAUGCAAGUAAACUAUUCGGGGGGUAUUGAAUGAGUGUCCAGAUGUUGCUGUGAUUGUAGGUAAGGACGUAAGUGCUGCCUGUGCCCAGAGUGGGCACACCUGAGAAAUUCUGAGCAUUAAGACUGUAAAGGAGGGCAGCAAGAAAGAUGAAGCAUAAUAGAAGAGAGUGAGCAGGGCAGUGAUAAAUGGAAUCCAACCCUGGAUUGGCUGUCUGCCCAGUCAGAAAAUACAUGCUGAUUAUCUCACUCGGAAAAGUGAGAGUGCUCAAGAUUUUUUUUUGGACAGUAGUUGCCUUUGACAGACCAGAACCUAGUGACUUAUCUCUCAGAACAGAAGAGCCCGUUAGACAAAAUCUAGACGAGAAAGGUAACAUUAUCUGGGCCAGAAAGGAGAGAAAGUUUAAGAAAAAGAAAGAAGGAAGAAAGCAUCAGAUCCUACAAAUACUGUUAGGCCUAUAUGUGUUAGGGAAGGAAAGGGAACAACUUAAGAAAUAAAUUAUACUGUGACAAACUCAGCUGUUCCUCCCAGAAAGGUGUAGAGGGAAAUCGAGCCCUAUUGCUGGAAAAGGCAGAGCCGAGAGGAAUACUGCUGGAGGCUGGACCAAUCAAAAGCAGGAGAAGGUGGUGUGCUGAGGAGGGCUGUCCAGAAGUAUGUGUCCUCGCCAGUGCAAUUAGUCUGGUAGUCCAGUUGCCCCCAGUAUUUAUAUAUGUCUUCAAUAAUAAUAAUAAUAAGUUUAGUUGGGUAUAUGGCUGCCUAGAAUGAAGACUACAUUUCUCAGCCUCUCUGGUAGUUCAGGGUAUAGGCAUACCUUGUUUUACUGGCACUUUGCUGUAUUGCA